AUGGGGAAGACGUCAGUCAGCACCGGCGACACGUCCACCGCCUUCACGUUCGUCUACCCGAAGCGGCCGUCUCCCGACCAGCGGGCGUUCAUCCAGCGGGUGGUGGACGCGGUGGACCAGCGGGCCGCGGCGCCACCGCCAACAAGUGGCGGCGCGGCGAUGGGCGCCGACGGCGGCUUGGCGGAGGUGCUCGACUUUGGCAGCUUCGCGCGGUACUUCGUGCUGCAGGAGCUCGCGGUGGACAUCGACGGCUACGCCUUCUCCGACUACGUCGCCGUCAGGGGCGGCAGGCUUGAGCACGCCGCUCCUUGGGACUACGACCUGGCCUUCAACUUCGAGUGCAGGCCCCUGUACUUCAACAACGCCUACACGGGGGAGAACUCCGCUAACAGCACCGGCGGCUGGAAUGUGGAGAACGUACGCGACAGCGCCAAUUGGUUCGGGCCGAUGGGUGACUCGGGGGGCAGCGUCAAGUAUUUCGGCACGAACAGGAGGCAGCUCUUCCUGAAUAUCUGGGGCCAGCCCUCCUUCAGGGAAGCGUUCGUGGACGCAUGGAGAGAGGCACGCAGAGGGGCACUCACAGACGAGGCUUUGAUGAGCAUGGUGGAGGGUCACGCAGCGCAAAUCGAGCCCGCCGCGCAACACGACAUUCGCUUGUGGAGCAAUUCGGAGCGCUGUGCCUUUUUCGAGUGCUGCCACCCAGAGGACAAGACGGAUUUUCGUUCCGCAACGCUCCACCUGAAGCAGCAUUUGCUGUCACGUGCGCGGUGGAUUGACUCUCACGUUGCCAGGCUGCUCUGA